AUGCAUGCUUCCUCCAGCCUCCUGUUGAAACGCAAUAAAUUCCUGUACCACUUUAAGAAUCUUCGCUGGGCGCGGGGCCGACAUGAGACCUAUUUGUGUUAUAUUGUCAAACGGCGCUACAGCUCGGUCUCCUGUGCAAUGGAUUUUGGAUAUGUUCGCAAUCGCCAUGGCUGUCAUGCCGAGAUGUUGUUCCUGCGGUACCUGUCAGACUGGGUGGGGCAGGACCCAUACCGCGCAUUUCGAGUCACCUGGUUUACGUCAUGGAGUCCAUGCUGGGACUGCUCUAAACGCACUGCAGAGUUCCUCCUGGACCACCCCAAUCUCAGCUUGCGCAUCUUCUCUGCACGCCUAUACUUCUGUGAAGAGCGCAAUGCAGAGCCUGAUGGGCUGCGGAAACUGCAGAAAGCAGGAGUGCGGCUGGCGGUGAUGAGCUACAAAGAUUAUUUUUAUUGUUGGAACACAUUCGUGGAAUCACGUGAAAAGAAAUUUGAGGCUUGGGAUGGGUUGCAUGAGAAUUCAGUGAGAUUGGCUCGAAAACUCAGACGUAUUUUACAGCCUCCAUAUGACAUGGAAGAUGUCCGAGAGGCCUUUGAUCUCCUUGGACUCUAAACAUGAAAAUUAUCCAGCGUAUAAGAACCAAACAACAGCUGUGACCCAAAAAUGAGAAAACUGAAUGUGCUUUGCAUCUCAGACUCGUAUCCUAAUAAAACAAAGGAGCAGAAGCCACUCUAGAUCCAAGACCAAAUACAAACUGUACCAGUCAAAGAGUAAACUCAGAUCCACUAAAAUUAGUGUCAUAAUCUAGAGAAUUUCAUGCCACAAUUGUGACCAAAGGCCCCAUAUAAAUCCAUAUAACUAUCUACAGUUUGCUAAAUGGUAGCCUGUAUCAGAGCCAAAUUAGAUCUAGAUUGAGAUUGCAUACAAGUUAAAUAUAGGUGUCCCAACAGCAUCAUCAGUUGAUUCUCACAUUUUAGCAAUUCAGAUCAAGAUCACCAAAAUCAAGGACAACAACAGAACCAAGGCUUAAAGAGAAAUGGAGUCCACAAGUCCACAACAAAGCAGCGAUUCAUCAAAGUCAAGAAUCAACACAAAAUUCAUGGAUCUACACCAGCUCCAAAAGCAGAACCAACACCAAAACUGAGACUGAAACCGGACCUAGGAUGCAAACGACAAUAUAAGGCCAAAACCAUGAUCAUAGUUGGUUCCAGAAAGAAGAUAUACAUAAAUUAAUCUACUUUAAGGCCCAAAAAAACUGGUCUACAUUCCACAGCAGAAUCAAUAACAAUAUUCAUAUAUAAUUCCCAUCCAAAGAACUAUGACACAGAGUCCACACAAAAUAAGAUCCAAUAUUAAACUCCAAAUGUUAACUCUGCGGAGGUUCCAAAACCCCACCUAGGGUCCACAAGUAAAACAUGUACAAAAUCUAAUGUUUUCACUAGAAUUGACACCAAAACCAGACCAAUAUUAAACGUACAAUGGGGACAAACACGAGAUAACCCCUGAACAUGCAUCCAGAAAAAAACUAGUUAAAUGACAUCUGGAGUUACUACAACAAACAUAAAUGGGAGAAAUUUAACAUAAGAGUUGAAAGCAGAAACAAAACUCAGACCAGCUCUCAACGCAACCUUCAAGAAACAAAGUCAGAUUUCAUAUCACUACAAGUAUUUGUAUACGAUGAAAUAGAUCGUUUAACAGACCUCCUUAAUACUGGACAUCUUGCAAUCAUUUCAUUUGCAUUA